UCUAAAUUACGUGGUAUAUGUAGUUUUUUUUUAAUGAGCAGUGUGUGACAUUACUUUAGUAACGUUAGUUAUUGUUGUUAAACCCUUGUGGAGAAGACCACACGCCGCACGCGCUCAUUGCAUUUGUUCACUUGUGUUUGGCUGCUUCCCCGUCACGCGUUAAACAUUGAAAUAUAGUAACGUUAGAUCUGUAAUAGUGUAAUAGUGAACAACGGUGUGUGGGCGUGCGUGUGUGUUUAUCUGUGCGCGAGUGUGUGUUUAUCCGUGCGCGAGUGUGUGUACGUGUGCCCCGAUGCGUAUUCACAUCUUGGGAGCGAGUUGGGAUUUGAAAGUUGGAGCUUCCAGGGACCCCAGGGUGCUGUGGAGCUGAAACACACCCGUGUGAGUGUGCGAGUGUGUUUUUGUUCCGACAAGGUGAAUGAAGGCGAGUGGUGCCACCUUUUGACCCCCUGGACGCCUCUGAACUUACCUUGGUGUAAUGGAUGCAGAGGAGGACAUGGAGGACUCGUGGUCGUUGCUGUCCUUGAUGGCGUCCUGCCUCAUGGUGUUCGGCGGGGCGCUGCCCUAUGUGCCACAGUACCAGGAUAUCCAGAAGAGCAGCAACAGCGACGGCUUCUCCACCAGAGUGUGCCUGGUGCUGCUCAUAGCCAACAUCCUGCGCAUCUUCUUCUGGAUAGGGAAGCAGUUUGAGCUCACCCUGCUGCUGCAGAGUGUGGUGAUGAUCCUCGCCAUGUUUGCCAUGCUCCACCUGUGCUGUAUGGUCCAAUACACCAACCGAGUGAGCACCAAGCAACACCGACUUUCAGACUUGGACUUUCGCUACUUCUGGAAGUGGAGCGCGUUCGAGGACUACCUGCUCUUCUGCUUCGGCUUCACCGUGCUGUGUGCCGUCGUCACCUUGCUGCUGCUGGACUCUGUGGUGUAUGUGGAGACGCUGGGCUCCCUGGCCGUGAUGUUCGAGGCCAUGCUGGGCCUCCCGCAGCUGCUGCAAAACUUCCACAACGGCUCCACCAAAGGCAUGAGUGUGAAGAUGGUGCUGCUGUGGACGGCCGGGGACGUCUUCAAGACCACCUACUUCGUGGUGAACGAAAGCCCGGCUCAGUUUUGGGUCUGCGGGUCAGUUCAGAUCAUCAUUGACGUGGUCAUCCUGCUGCAGGUCCUUUUAUACAGCCAAGACACCCGGGUCAAACUAGGUUGAACAUGGCUGUUGCUUUGGGCAACCAAGGCUUGUGUGUGAAUUUCAAUGAGUCUAAUUAUUUAAAGUUUUUAAAAUAAAAUCAGCUGCAAAGUUGAUUGAAUUAUCAUCGGAGACAAUUAGCUUCAAGAACACAGGCAAAAACCAACGUUGAAAUACAUAGAUACAUAUAUACGGGAUCAUCAGACCCAAAUGAUGCCCCUUCAAGUGCAAUUGAGCAAACCGUUUUAGCCUUGAUCAAACUAGUUAGUCACGCAUUAACAAACACACCUUUGCCUUUAACUUGUUAUUAAGACAAGGCAGCACUUUGGAGCCUUUUUAGCAUUUUAUACUAUUUAUUUGUAUGUUUUCUGUUACGUUACUUGGAUCCUGGAGUGUAGUGCACAUGGAAGCUGAAUGAGGGAAACAUUGCACACAUUGGCAGCUCACUUACAGCAGAUCUGUGCUGUUGUACUGGCAUCUACUCCCAGUUCACACUACACACCUCACUGAACUGUGUGUGUGUGUGUGUGUGUGUGUGUGUGUGUGUGUGUGUGUGUGUGUCUGUGUGCUUUUGUGCGGCAUGCUUGAUGGUGGGUCUGUGCAGCCGAAAUUGAUUUUUGCAUCACCAAGCCAAGACCACAACACGUCCGCCAAGUAAUUGUAAGUACAAAGGACAUCAAUCUGUGUGUUAUGACUCUGCUUUGGGGUUUAAUUGACAAGCAAUGCAGGUCUUUCACAGUAUGUAUGAAAAAAGAAGGAGGAAAAUAAAGAAAGCAUGUGGCCAUGCUGCAAUGCUUUUACUGCACUUCAGUCACAAAAUAUUUUGUCGACACCAAAGAACAUGUCAGACUUUAGAUCAAAAUAUGCAACAGUAUUACUGAAUAUUUGUGGCAUUGUCAUUUUUGUCACAUUGUCUUCGUCCCAAUACUUUAGUGCCUCUCUAUCCACUCUUCAGCAAGUAAUACUGGGAAAUGAAAUGUAACCCAGUCAGACUUAAUUUCGUGCUUCAAGAAAUGUUCCUUAAUUAUUGGUGUCGGAAGGGGGCUUAAAUCUUAUGUGUAAUCUUUUUUUAAAGGUUUCCUCCCACUCAUUAUUCAUAAUUGUGUUGGACCCUCCCUCUAAAUACACAAAAAACUGCAUCCUCCCCACAAUAUUUCAAGAUGAUUGAAUACUAUUGAACUGGUACAACUUGUUUAAUUGUUUACCCUAAUUUAAAGGAGCAUUGUGUACGUGGAUCUUUCAGCAGAAAUGGAGUAUUCAUAACCAUGUGUUCAGAAGUGUAUAAUCACCUGAGACUACGAAUAUGUGUGUGUUAGAAUGAGCCCCUCACAUCUACAUAGGGAACGGGUCCUUUUCACAGAGUACGCCAUGUUGCACCGCCGGGUUUCAAACCCUGACUGUCAUGUUUUUACCUGAAGGCCACCGUAGACAUUGACACAUUCAUAGAGCCCCUCUAUUUCUUUGAAAGGGCUAGUACAUAACGUGUGACCACUCCCAUUGAGUGACUUGGGCACAACUCUGAGGGUACUGAGAGACUUGAGCUGUAAUAUCUUUAACCCACCCCAUAUUCCAAAUGAAAAGAAAAAAAAGACUUAUGUAUAAGAUCAGUUACAUCUCUUAUGGCACAUUGUAUAACCCACAGAGUGACUAAGUUGCAUAACAGAUCUAGCUAUUUAUGUUAUGUUAUGAUUAACUAUAUUAAGGGAGGGCUAAAAUAUAAGAUGAGUGAAAAAACAAAAGUAAAACACCACUCUGCCCUCCCAGAAAGUCAAACUA